AUGGCGUCAGCCGACACAAAUAAUCGUCUCGUCGAUAUAAAAACAUCAUUAGAUUCUAAUCGUCAAUUAAAGAAUAGUGUAAUUCAAGUGGCUUGUGAUUUCAUCGAGAUACGUGAUGCAUAUAUUAAACAAUUGCCUGCAUUCACCUUUGACGCAGAACGAAAAGAAACAGUUAAUGAUCGCCUUCAACGCAUAAGUUAUAAGAGUAUUCAACAGCGAGAAAUUCCACUUGGUCUUAUUGUUUUCGGCCCUAAUUCUAGCGGUAAAAGUUCAUUCAUUCAACAUUUUCUUGAAAUUGGUGAUAUUCUUCCAUCGGGCGUUGGACCAGUAACUGCUCGCAUAACCAAGAUGACCUAUGCGCCGGCUGAGCAGGCACGCGCACUCGUAUACAAUUCUCUUCAAGCUAGCCUAGAGUGCAAUCACACGUCGACUGAGGUCGAUUUGAGAUCAUAUUUCUUAGAACCAGAGCCACAAUGGAUAGAGAUAAGCAAAGCUCUUAGUAAACAUUUGAAUCGAGCCGAGAAUAGUGACACCGAUCUGGAAGAAUGGGCAAAGACCUUUAUAGAAAUACGCCUACCAUCUCCAACGUUGAAAAUGGGUAUUGAUAUGUAUGACACGCCUGGUUUCCUUUCAGGCAAUCGUGAAAGUGUGCUAAUUAAUAACCUGUAUGAUCUUGCUAAAACUGUACGCCCAACGUUGUUAUUUCUCUAUGAGAAUCCAUCAGUAGUGGAAACAGACAUGGCUUGUUUCAUGGGAAUGAAGCAGGCGAUUGGCAGUCUCGAUCGUAUACCAAUAUUUUUUCUUAAUACAAAGGCUGAUGUUGCUUUGAUUUUGAAAGAUAGUCGAGUCAAUCAAUGCAAUGUGUCAUUAGCUCGCUUUCAACAAUCACUUCACGAAACACGUCAAAAACGGUACGAUCUUUUGCGUGAACAGACCGCUUUAGCGAAUGAACUACUGGGUAGUUUACCGGUAGAUGUCGACGAAUGUUUAUGUUUUGGUAUUUGUUCGAUACCAAAAGGCCGUACAUUGCGGCGCGAAUUGACUGAUCAUAUGAAUAAAGAGACAUUUUCACGCAUAAUUUCUUUUGCCGUUCAAACGGGUUCCGAAUAUGUACAAGAACUAGUCAAUGAUAUUCUCUUGGCUACGGAAGACUUUUUUGACUUGGCACUAUCGGCCAGCUAUCGUGAUGCUGAACACUUCCAAAAGCUACGUGAGGAUGCGCUCGAAUGGGGCAAUCUGUUCUUCGCUCAAUUCAAGAUUGAUUUGCCUAAACUCGCUGAAUAUUUGCACAAAACUAUAGUGGAAUUAUUUGAGGAGAAAAAAAAGAGUAUUGCUGAUCGAGCUGCUCGUUUAGUACGUGACGACGAUCCAUUGGCUAUCCAUUUACCAACUAACUCGAAAAAUGUUCGAGACUUCAUUCACGUUGCCGUCGAAGAAGAAAUCAUGAAGGUAGCUGUUAAUAAAACUCUGAGUAGCUUAUGUACUCAAGUGAAAACUACUCUAGAAGUACAUUUUGACAAUCAAAUGAGAAGAAGAAAUGAACUUUUAAGACUUGCCCAGCGUUUUGUAUUACCUGAAAUCUCACCAAGUAUUUUGACUAAACAACGACUACUAAGCAAAUUUAUGGAAGGCCUUAUCAAGUUACCUAUGCAAAUCGGUCGAUUCUUUCGAAGUUUACCAACUCUUCCUUAUAUUGAGUACUAUAAUACUGUUACUCACAAUCAAGUAACCAGCGAGGAUGAUCCAAUCUACAAAUUACUUGAUUGCCUGGAUCUAUAUGCCAAUUUGUCGAAUGAAUCGAAACGGCUGGCGUUUGCCGAGCAAUUCUUGAAUGUUUUACUCAAAGAUGUUCUGAAACGUAAAUAUGACUUUCAGGAGAAUCUAACCGAUUGGAUGGAGCAACAACGAAAGGCAUUUAAGGUGAGUGUUCUAAAAAAUUAUAACAAUAUCAUUCGCAACUUGGACAAACAACAUGUGUUGCAUGAGCUAAAUACGCAAUAUUACGGCAAAUUUGCACGAAUAGAAUGUAAAUUGUUGGCUGCCAAACAAUUGUUCGAAUUUAAUGGAAUUCCACCGACCAUUAAGGACGAAAGCAACCAUUCGAAAAUCGUGUCUUCACUUUUUGGGCUAUCUUCGGAACCUCCACCAUCAACCCCCUUGCCCGUAAUCAAAGCAUGGUUUUUGGGACCCUUGUUCAUCUUGUUCCGGAUGGAUCCCGCCCUGAGAUGCCAAACUUUUCUUUCAAAUCAGUUGGGUGUAGGUAUGGGUGUGGGUGUGAGUGUGGGUGUGAGUGUGAGUGUGGGUGUAGGUGUGGGUGUAGGUGUGGGUGUGGGAAGUGUGGUGUGGCAUGUGAGGUAUGAGGCGUGCGUGCGGGUGGGGGUGGGGGGGGGGGUGGGUGUGGGUGUGGGUGUGGGUGGGG